AUGCCUUCGAUUAAGUUGCACAGUUCUGAUGGAGAGAUAUUCGAAGUUGAUGUGGAAAUUGUCAAACAAUCUGUGACAAUCAAGAUUAUGUUGGACGAUUUGGGAAUGGAUGAAGGAGAUGAUGAUCCAGUUCCUCUAACAAAUGUUAAUGCGGCAAUAUUAAAAAAGGUCGUUCAGUGGUGCACCCACAAGGAUGACCCUCCUCCUCCUGAGGAUGAUGAGAACAAGGAAAAGCAAACAGACCAUAUCCCUGUUUGGAACCAAGAAUUCCUGAAAGUUGACCAAGGAGCUUUUAAACUUAUUUUGGCUGCAAACUAUUUAGACAUCAACGGUUUGCUUGAUGUUACGUGCAAGACUGUUGUCAGUAUGAUCAAGGGGAAAACACCUAGGGAGGUUCUCAAGACCUUCAACAGCAAAAAUGACUUUGCCGAAGAGGAGGAAGCCCAGGUACGCCAAGACGAGCAGUGGUGUGAAGAGAAGCGAAAUGUUGUGCCUGACACUGUAACACUAAGGAUUGUUCCAAAUACUAGUUGCAUUGCUAUUGAUAAUUGUUAA